UUGAAAGUUGGCUUACUCUGAUUGUUUAGAGCCUCGACUCUAUACAGACCGUACCCUCGUAACCCUGUGUGCCAACCUCACCCAUUUUUUCUAUUAUUUUAUAUCAACCCAGCCCUUUUUAAUCCCUGAAUACUCGAAGAAGCUCCAUAUUUUCCAUAAAAAACCUAAUUUGUUAUGAAAAUUAGUCGGAUUUUUGCAGAAUUCCUAGAUUCUGAGCAGCUGAUUUUAGGGUUUUGAAUCGAAGUUAAGACGUGAGGGUUGAUUCAAAAACAAGGGUUUUGGUGUAGUUUUUCAUUGACAAGAACCUUGUAUUAUGUGAAGCCUAAUUGAGUUAGUUGCUGUUUCUGGGAUUUGGGGUACAGAUUGAAUAGCUUCGGAGGCUUUCGAUACAUUUACAGGCGGUCUUUUGAAUUCAUCGUUAACGUUUUUACUGUUUAUUUGAUGAGUAAGGGUUAUGGGGCUUGGAGAGUUGCAAAUAUAUAUUUAUCUUGGUUUUGUGUUCUCCAUAAAGGGUUUAGGGGUUUUGGGUUUAGGGUUUUAGGAACAGUGAAGCUUACCACCACCAAUUUGUAGUGGUUUGAUUUCAAAAUUUGGGUUUUGAUUUCUUAGUUGGGGUCUAGUUUUGCAGGGAGUUGUUUUCCAGGUUUGUGAUGUCCAUUAAAGAACAAUAAAGCUAACUUCUCCAAUUUACAGUGGUUUGAUUUCAAAAUAAGGGUUGAGAUGCAUUCGUCUAAUUAAGAAUGGCGAAUUUACCAGAUGAGAUAUGGAGUUUGAUAUUCGAGCUUGGUGUGAAAAGAAAAAUACUGGGUUUCAAGGAUCUUUGCUCUCUUGCCAUAAGUUGCAAGCAAUUCAAAAGACUAUCAGCCCACAAUGACCUGUGGAGUGUUAUUCUAACCCUAGAAUUUCCAUCUUCUUCACAGUCUAAUGGCUCUUCCAAAUCUAAUUACAAGACCAGCUUUGAACGAGAUAGAAGUCGCAAGAUUGCUGCUCAUAAACGAGCAAUUCUUCGUGUUGAGAGCGAAAUUGCUCUUUCUCAGAAUAGUCUCAAGGACUUGGAGCACCGCAUGUUACAGGAGGGUGAGACAAUCAGAGAAUUAACCCGUGAAUUGAAGAACCUACAGAAGGCCAGACACGCUUCAGUGGCGCUGAAUGUAUGGCAGCCUGAAGUUAUUUGUGGUCAUCAGAAAGAGGUGAUUGCUCAAAGUUCUGUUCCUGUGGAGUCCCGAAUUCAAGCACUUGAGAUGGAACUCAGAGUUUGCAAAGAAUGCAUUGCAAGGUUCACGAGGGCCCGUGAUGUUCAUAAGUGGAAGAUGGCUAGAAACCAGGAAAGGUUGGCAUCCUUGAAAUAUCACCCUGUGCCUAGCUAUCAACCAGAGAUGAGUAUCCAUGAAAGCCAAGUGAAGCCUAAGAAGAUGAAGCAGCUCAAAGAUUGUAAUACCAUUUGAUUGUAUAUUAUGGAUUACCAUAGUUCCUUGGCAUCAUCACUUUCCAAAGAAGUAAUGGAUGGUGAUGAGAGAGGGACCCACUUUUGGGUCAUGUCCUGUAAUAAUCUGUAUGCAUGAUCUAUGUAUUCUUAGAACCUCUCGGGAGUGAUUUUCACUGAGCAGGAUUGAUGGUGAAUGCUACGAAAUAGGAGCCAUCUUUUGCAUGGUGACUGUUCACUUGGGCCUUUGUUAAGGAGAAAUUGAUCUGUCUCAGAACAGCUGGUCUUCUUUGUACAAAUUGAAUGCACGUUGGAAUUCUAGUGA